UAUAUGCACAUUCAUGUUUACUCGUAAUUAGCUAUUCAAAUUGUAUAUAUCUGUAAAAUGGGAAACAAGCCAUCAGGUCAUUCCAAAACUGGUUUCUUCAGUUCCCUAAUCGGAGGGGGUCGAAAAACCAGGCCACGAAGCUCGAAAAGAAACAAAAAGAACCGAAAUGCAAAAGGAACCGGCGUGCCAUCAGAAGCCACGACAGGCUUCGAAACAAUACUUCAAACAAAAACAGGAAACAUGAAGGAACUUUACACAUUAGGCAGACUAUUAGGCCAAGGACAAUUUGGGACAACAUAUUUAUGUGUCGAAAAUAGUACUGGUAAAGAAUAUGCUUGUAAAUCGAUUGCUAAAAGGAAACUAACAAUGCAAGAAGAUAUAGAUGAUGUUAGAAGGGAGAUACAAAUAAUGCAUCAUAUGGCAGGACACCCACAUAUUAUAUCUAUUGUUGCUGCUUAUGAAGAUGCUGUUUCGGUUUAUGUUAUAAUGGAGCUUUGUGCUGGUGGAGAGCUGUUCGAUAGGAUUGUUGAACGCGGACAUUAUACAGAAAAGAAGGCUGCACAUCUUUCUCGGGUUAUUGUUAGUGUCGUUGAAGCUUGUCAUAGCUUGGGGGUUAUUCAUAGAGAUUUGAAACCGGAGAAUUUUCUGUUUGUAAACAAGGAUGAAGACUCGCCUCUUAAAUCAAUUGAUUUUGGGCUUUCGGUGUAUUUCAAACCAGGUGAAAUGUUCUAUGAUACAUGUGGGAGUGCUUACUAUAUGGCACCAGAAGUGCUACGACGACAAUAUGAUAAAGGAUGUGAUGUUUGGAGUGCCGGGGUUAUCAUACAUAUCUUACUAUGCGGCAUUCCUCCUUUCUGGGAUGAAACGGAAGAUGGGAUAUAUGAACAAACAUUACAUGGUGAACUAGACCUGGAAUCAGAACCUUGGCCAAGUAUAUCUGAAAGUGCCAAAGAUCUUAUCAGAGGAAUGCUUGUACGAGACGUCACAAUGAGGAUUUCAGCCCAUGAAGCCUUAAACCACCCAUGGAUUCAGGCAGACGGCGUGGCUCCAGAUAAGCCUCUUGAUACUGCCAUCUUAUCUCGUAUGAAGCAAUUUUCUGCAAUGAACAAAAUCAAGAAAAUAGCUAUCAGAAUUAUUGCUGAGAGUCUUUCAGAAGAGGAGAUUGCUGGACUCAAAGAGAUGUUCAAGAUGAUGGACAGCGACGGCAGUGGGAAAAUCACGUUAGAGGAGUUGAAGGACGGGUUAGAAAAAGUUGGUGCCAAUUUAAAAGAUUCAGAAGUGAUACGUCUAAUGGAAGCGGCAGAUAUCGACAAUAAUGGAACAAUAGACUAUGGCGAGUUUAUAGCAGCAAUGCUGCACUUGAACAAAGUUCACAAGGAAGAUCACAUGUUUGCUGCAUUCGCAUAUUUUGAUAAAGAUGGCAGCGGAUACAUCACAAUGGAAGAACUUCGUCAAGUGUGUGAGAAAUUUGGUUUGGGCGAUAUACAUAUCGAUGAAGUCAUGGAUGAAGUCGAUAAGGAUAAUGACGGAAGGAUCGAUUACAGUGAGUUUGUGGAUAUGAUGGAAGAAAGCGAUUACGGGAAGAACAUCAAACCUAAAGGAGAUCAUUCUUGAUAU